AUGUUGAUUCCACUUGCAGUUGUUGAUGAUGUUGCUAUCUUGGAUCCUCGUACCCACAACAACAUGUUACACCCUGUGUAUGUUCUCUUUGAUUCUCGUACCAUGUCUCACAACCACCACCCAACACCACCACCACCACCACCUUGGUCUGUCAACAUGUACAACAAUGUCCCAAGAAGAUUAAUGUCUCACAACCACCACCCAACACCACCACCACCACCACCUUGGUCUGUCAACAUGUACAACAAUGUCCCAAGAAGAUUAAUGUCUCACUACCACAACAACGUUCCAACAAGAUUAUUGUCUAACAACGGCAACAACGUUCCAAACGGCAACAACGUUUCAUCAAGAUUAAUGUCUCACAACGGCAACAACUUUUCAUCAAGAUUAAUGUCUCACAACCGCAUCAAUGUUUCAUCAAGAUCCACUUCAUCAACGAGCCGCAACAACGUUUCAUCAAGAUUCACUUCAUCAACCGUGUCUAUGGUAGAUGAAACUCUUGUCUAUGAUUCUACUAUCAACAGCAACAUUCCAAGAACACGCUCAUUUAAUCUCCACCACAACAACAAUGGUACUAGAGCUUCUUCUUCCCCUGUGAACAGUGGUCAAAAUACUAGAAAUUCUGCUGCUGUCUUGAUGGGUGUUCAAGAACAUGUUACAACAUCAACAAUAGAUGCAGAAUCCAUCUGUUGCAUUUGUCUUGUUCACUUGUCUAAUGCUUCUUCCACGCCAAUUCAGUUGCGCUGCUCUCAUAUAUUUCACACUGACUGUAUUCAGAAAUGGGUUAAUAUCAGACAAACGUGUCCACUAUGUCGGGCCGAUGUUUAG